AUGUCAUUGGUCUACAUAGCUGCAAUUCGUAAUAGAAACCUUCCCCUUCCUGCAGAUCCUAUGGAAUUAUACGAGAUUGAACAGGACAAAGAAGCUUCAGUGGAAAUAGAGUAUCAACCUCAUAGAGAUAUUUUCAGGUUCCUGGACAAAGCAGCUAUCCAAAGAAAAUCUGAUGUGAAACCUGAGAACCAAGAGACUCCAAACCCAUGGAAAGUAUGCAGAGUGACUCAAGUAGAAAAUGCAAAAAUCAUUCUAAGCAUGCUCCCUAUAUUCUGCUGCUCAAUCAUAAUGACCCUUUGCUUAGCACAACUUCAAACCUUCUCUGUUCAACAAGGCACCACCAUGGACACCAGGAUCACCAACCACUUUAACAUCCCACCAGCAUCCCUACCAAUCAUCCCAGUUGCCUUCUUAAUCAUUAUAGUCCCUUUCUAUGAUCGCAUUUGUGUGCCUUUUCUUCGUAAAUUCACUGGCAUUUCCACUGGCAUCACACACUUGCAGCGCAUAGGAGUAGGCCUAAUACUCUCUUCCAUCUCCAUGGCAAUUGCAGCAAUCAUAGAAGUCAAAAGAAAAGGAGUUGCAAGAGAACACAACAUGCUUGAUGCAUUGCCUGUUAAACAGCCAUUGCCUUUAAGCAUAUUCUGGCUCUCUUUUCAGUAUUUUAUAUUUGGCAUAGCUGACAUGUUUACCUAUGUUGGACUUCUUGAGUUUUUCUAUUCAGAGGCACCAAAAGGCCUUAAAUCCACAUCAACUUGCUUCCUGUGGUGCUCUAUGGCACUUGGAUAUUUUCUAAGUUCCAUAUUGGUGCAAGCUGUGAAUGGUGCCACAAAGAAUAUUACUGCAAGUGGAGGCUGGUUAGCAGGGAACAAUAUUAACAGAAACCAUCUGAACCUGUUCUACUUGUUCCUUUCCAUAUUGAGCUUGAUCAACUUCUUUGUCUAUUUGUUUGUUUCAAAGAGGUACAAGUACAGGCCUCAAUACCCUGCAGUUACCGGUGGCAAAUCAGAGGAGUGAAUACUGGGAGAUAAAGAUUUAGCUUAAUAUGAUUAAAUAUAUAACGAGUGAAAAAUUAGUGGGUUGUACUUAAUUUUCUUUGUGUGUCAAA